CCCGCGUCGGCAGUCGCUCUACACGCGCAAUUCGACAUGGUCAACUGUACUUAAUUAUGUGCAGUACCGUGUUGUGUUUGGUGACCGCGCGUUUUUAAAAACGUAGCGCGAAAAAAGAACACGUCAAACUUUUGGCGCGCACUUUGACAGCUCAACUUUUUUUUCCGACACAAGAUCAUGGGAUUGACCGAAUGAAUUUAUAAGAACAAGUUUCGUGUCUCUGUGAUUUUCUGUACUCUUUCUUAGUAGUGACAGUUAAAUAACGAAUUCAGUGAUUCUAAAUGCAAAAUUCACGAGAGAAAUGCCUAAGGAACGUUCCAAUGAUGAUAACUGCAAUGCGAUAGCGAGACUCAUAAAGGACUUUUGUAGUUGCUCAGAAAACGGAACCUGGUCACCGGACAUGACGUCGGACAAAAGAAAAGACCCGGUCCUCAGAAGCGAAAUGACAAACAUGUCCGCGAUGCGCAGAAGAAUAAUGACAAUCGCGAAAAGAAAAACGAGAGAUGUCGCGCCAGAACCACCUAAGCUGUACGAUCACGGUCUGGACAAAAAAUCGGAAACUCUAACUUCGAAUCUAAUUAAUACAACUAUAAGUUCACAGAGUAGCACAUUGAGAAGGAAUAUAGACAAUUUUUUACUAUCUAGAAGAAUGUUUGCGCUAGAAGAAGAUAUCUAUGAAAAGCCGAUACCGGUUACUAUUAAAAAUUCGUCGUGCGGCGAAAAUUGGUCGCUGAGUAAAGCAUGGAAAAACAACAACGCCGAUUUCUUUCAUCGAUCUCCUAAACUCGAUUCUAAUCGAUUGGUCGAUCGUAAUUAUACAUAUUUAGAACGUAUAGAUGAAGUUCCAAGAAGAAAGAAAAGAGAUAAGAAAAACAAAGAACAGCUGCGUUACGAUAGAAAUAUAAAGAGGCAUAUUAGAAUUAGGGUAAUGUUGUCAUUAAGAAUGAGGAGAUACAUGAAAAGGAGGUUAAGGAAGUCCCAUAUGCAACCACAGAAUGUUAACGUGCCUCCCAGGAGGUUUCCUAGGGGAUCAUCAAUUAAUUCCAGUUUCGGUACACGAUCAUACAAGAGUGUGCUGACGGAUAAGCUGGGCGAUGGAGCGGUUUUAUUUGAUAUACAUGAAGCUAGGAAUUCUACUAUGGAGCUAUGCCACGAUUACGAAGAGGACCUCGACACGUUGGAGAUUGCUCUCCGCGCCGGUAAUUUUAGGAGCGGUCGGCUAGCUGUCGAGGGGUGGUGGUGCGGGCGGGCGAUGCCGGCGGCGGGGCCGGGCGGGCGCGCCAACAACGGCGCGCUCGCGCUCCACUAUGCCGCGGCCCGAGGCUGCCUCGACUGCGUCAGGCUACUGACCAACACCACGCCUGAUGUCUCUGCGAACACAGCGAUGGACAAUGACGUGACUCCGGUGUACCUCGCCGCCCAGGAGGGUCACCUCGCCGUACUCAAGUACCUGGUACUGGAGGCUGGUGGUCGACUGGACGCGAGGGCGAGGGACGGCAUGCUACCAAUACACGCAGCCGCGCAGACCGGCUGUUUGGAUUGCGUCAAGUGGAUGAUCGUGGAACGAAACGUGGAUCCUAAUGCGAGGGACGGAGAUGGCGCAACUCCUCUCCACUUCGCCGCAUCCAGAGGGCACCUCAGCACCGUCCGCUGGUUGCUUCGGCAUGGUGCCCGACUGCAUCUCGACAGGCAUGGCAAGAGUCCUAUUAAUGAUGCUGCUGAGAAUCAUCACUUGGAGUGCCUGAAUGUAUUGGUGGCAGCCGGCGCGGCCGGUGCUGACAGUAAGCAGCUCGCAUCAUACAAGGCUAUUCAUUCCUGUGCAUGCACACCAGGAGAAGUGAGAUGCGCUCUACCCAACUGUAUCAAUGCGAAUGGCAGUCGUUCCCCGUUUUACCUGCACGCACCAGAGAAGGAGCACCGCAGUUCCACACAAGAGCGCCGGGGAUCCCUCCCGUCCACCAUCGGUUCUAUCAGCUCGAACCGUUCGGGGCCGGCCGAUGGGCUGUAUGUGAAUCCAAUGCAGAGAGCCACGUCCACCACUGCCACGCAUAACAGCUCGUCUGGGGAAGAGAGUUCAGCUUGCUCAGCGUCAGAUGCAGAUUCAGGCAACCCUGGAGGCUGGUUUCUGCAUAACAACAACAGUUCAGGUGCACCAGCUGCGUUGUAUCAGCGUGUCAGGGACCUCUUUCACACGCGCUCACCUGGACCCAGGGUGCCCGCUGAGGGACAAGAAGCACCCACUGUGACUGUGAAAGCCGAAGUGCAUGGAUCUACCGAGGUGACGACUGUCCCUGAGCAGUCGGACAGUGACAGCGGUGCAGAGGCCACCAGGCGUGACCAUCAUUACGAGGACAUAUACUUGCCGAGGGAAGAACAUGCCAGGCGAAGGAGUAGUUCCCGUGACUCUGGUAGUCACAGCCGGCCCGGAAGCGCAGCCCUAGUUGUCGACUACACCACCAAAGAAAAUACCGAAAUAUCAAACAAAGCAUAUGAGGAAGUAUCUCCGAUGACAGAGAAUCAGACCAAGUCUUCGAUAGCCACGAAGCUAGCGGCGCUUACACACAAAGCACAGAAUUUCGCCAGCCGCAUCUCUUCGGCGGCGGGCAGCCGCCGUGCCUCAAUAUCUGAUGAGGCUGUAGUGGUGCAAGCUGCGUCGGCAUCUUCAGGGGUAUCCUCAGGUGGAAGUUCGGGAGACGAGGCACCUCCGCCGCCACCGCCACCACCAGCCCCGCCUGCACCACCAGCGCCACCACCGAAAGUGUUGGAGGAACCAGCGCUGCGACCCUCGGAGCUGAGGGGACGACUUGCGGGGCGGCGCGGAUCAGCGGCGUCCGCAGAUGAUGAGCGACCACGCGGGGCCAACCUCGUCAACAAACAGCCGGCCCUCCCGUUCGUGCCUCCCGCGUUCCCCAACAAAGCGCCUGACCGUCUCAUCAAACCCUCGGAGUACUUGAAAACAAUCACGGCGCCCUGCAAGCGGGACGACAGCGCGGCGGAGGCCCGUCCUCCGCCGCCGCCGCCCGUCCCUAGCGGAAAUGUGCCGCCGCCGCCUCCUCAGCCCCCAGCGGCGGCUCCCACGCAGCCCUUAGCCGCGAUCAGUAGUGCUGAGCUCUCAGCGGUCAGACUCAGGACUCCCGCCACAAAAACCAUGUCAGCGCCUCCCCCAGCGAGGUCAGUCAGUCUACAAUGCCUCUCAAGUGGAGCGGAAAAUUAUAGAAGCGCGAAAACGGAUUUGAUCGAGGAACUCAAGAUGUCCAAGGACAUAACCGGUAUAAAGAAGAUGAAAGUCGAACGUGCCAGACGGGAGAGUCUUCAGGAUAAGGAGACCUUCACGGAGUUUACGAAGCGGUUCACGGCGGAGAACUUCGUUGAUCAGGGUUGUCCGCAGGUACCGGAACGGGACGCAGCAGGAAACGUGAUACCUGCGUGGAAGAGGCAGAUGCUGGCAAGGAGAGCAGCGGAGAAAGCUAGACGAGACUUGGAGAAGGAGCUAGCAGGAGAAGCGGAGAGAAGGAGAGCGGCUGCUGUGCCUGCGUGGAAGAGGCAGUUACUCCAGAGGAGAGAGGAGGCUGAGAAUAGACUGAGACAAUCUAUGUACACACCUAAAGUUGAAGAGACGAAUGGAUCGAACGGCUCUACGAACGGCGAUUGGCGCGCGUACCCGAGCGGCACCCAGCGCGCCGUCUCUAUAGACAACAUUACUCUGUGCUACGAAACACCUUCGCAGCCGACGCGCGCGCCCUCUGAGGCGAAACUCUCCACUGACCAUUGUAACGGUUAGUUAACAUCUUAAGGAUAAAGGUCAUUUAAAUGGCAAACACGAAGAAGACGAAGAUAGCACAAAAAUAAUACCGUGGCGAGCCCAACUACGCAAGACAAAUAGCAAACUUAAUCUACUUGAAUAGUUAGUCUAUGGUAAGUUAGUGUUGCAACAGUAAAAUAAAUGAUAGACUUUCGAGACGGCUGCAAUCACGGAAAAAGGAACGACCAGCUCUGUCUCGUUCUUACUGCUGGGUAAUGCAACAAGCGGUGGGGAAGAGACAAAGCGUUUGCCAUUUCGUUUUACGCAAUCACGAUAAGGGGUCUGUUGUGCAUAUUUCGUGUGACAUUGCCAUAGUGGAAAGCAUGUGUCAGUUGGUUGGUAACAUAAAAUGUAUAGAAGAAACGAAACAAACUCCAAAUUAAACCGCACUUAAACAUUUAAGAACAAAAUUGUGUAAUGCAGAACAUCUUUUCUUCAUUAAGAAAUUAGUGGUUUUGCUAGUUUAGAAACGGAUUUUUUUUAGGUUAGAUUGUUUAUAUCAAAACUUUAUUGUAUACUUUUUUUUUUAUUAAUGUGUUCGCCAAUUUUGGAUCUUUUUAUUUUCGCAACUUUGUCACAGUCGAUUUAUGAAAAUAAUUUCUAGAAGAUUCGUGAGAUGACUAGCAGGUAUUUCAAAUAUUUUUUUGGUACAUUGCCAUAUGUAUCCAAUUAAAAUAUGUACACUUAUUCCGAACACAUUUUGAGUUCGUUUUCGAUAUACUUAUAAUAACUUAAGAAUAUAUUUUAUACAAAUAUUUCGUAUUAAUUUUUUUUAUAACGAGAUUAGGUCAAAUUGACAUGUAAAAAUGUAAAUUUACUGAGUUUUUUUAGGGAUAUUUUUAUAUUAUAAAUAAUAUUGUCAUAAAUUUUGAAAGAAAUUAAUAUAAAAUUGGCUAUAAAUGUUUGCGAGUCUUUGUCAAAAGCCAAAUGAAAAAUUAUAAUUUUAUUGUAAGAGAACAUGUACUUAUUUAAAAAAAAAAAAAACAUAUUUAAGUUCUUUUUUUAUUGUGCAAGUGAUACCAUUGUUGCAAUAUUAGAUUUAAGCUUGUGUGAGGGCUUUUGCAAUUUUGUAUGUCCUACUUAUAUAUUUUAUAUGAUAUCGAAGUAUUGAUGUGUGAGUUAUAUAGUAUGACAAUCGGAAUUAUGUUGUUAAAUAAAAACGCUGUUGCUUUA